UUUAUUAAAAAUGGAGAAGACCAAGCAAGAGGAGGAAGAGAAGAGACUUGAAGGCAUGACUCCUCAACAGUUAAAUGAUGUCAAGAAGACCCUUGAAGAAGAUGUUAAAUCCCUUAACCAAUCCCUUCAAGGAAUGAAGCUGGCUGGUUCCAAGUUUAGAGAGUCUAAAGGUGUUGUCGAAUCUAUUAAGAACCAUGAUAUGGAAGAAGAAAUCAUGAUCCCACUCACUAGUUCCCUUUAUGUCCCUGGAAGAAUCUGUGAAACUGAUAAAGUUGUCGUAGAAGUCGGAGCAGGAUACUUUAUCGAAGUAACUCCAGACAAAGCGAAAGAGUAUUGAGAUCGAAAAAUUAAGCUGAUGCAAGGAAACUUAGAAAAGAUAGCUGAAGUGAUGGAUGUAAAAUCAGAGCAACAACAGAAAGUCACUAACAUUCUCCAGAGGAAGAUUGCUGAAAUUACUGCAAAGAAUCAACAAGAUGCGAAAUAAACCGCCUGAAAUA